UUUCUACCAACACAAAUUGGAAAAAUAAAAAAUUAAAAAACAGAGCCUUCGUCCACCAGCCUAAUUUCUAGGAGAAUCAAGAAACCUCAACACACCAAAAAGGAAAAAAAAAUCAGCCAUAUUUGUUCCCAUCCCAGAAAUUUUUGUUUCUUCAUUAUUAUGUGAUUUGUACCUUUUUCAGUCGUAUUUCGCCUUUAAUCUCAAAAAGUGCUUAGUUUUGUCAGAGAUGUAGAAGAAUUUGGACUAGAAGGACUAGGGAGAGGGGGACAAGGGAGUGGAAGAAAAUGCAGCACAUGGAGACUCAUGAAGGAAUCAUUUCCUUGUUGUCUGAUAAUUUUAGUCUGAUGUGUUAUCCGUUACCCACUUUCGCUUUACUGUUUCGGACCAUCUCACUUCAGAAUUUCAGCAAUGCCAAAAUACUAUCAGUUGCAUCAGAUUUAAUGAGUCUAUAACAUUGGCCCCCUCCUUUGAAAAGAGCUUUUCCUCGAGCUUGAAGUCUGGAUAGGCAUUAUGACAAUGUUUCACAAGAAUACAUUUCAGGCUGCAAGAAUCCUUGCUAAUUUAAUUGUAAUGGGCUCUACUAUAUUGGCAAGGGCUGUUGUUCAAGCAUAUCGUCAGGCAUUGACCAAUGCCUCGAAAAAUGGUGUUGCUCAAGAAGCAGUGCAGAAUAUUAAAAGAGCUAGUAAAACCAUGACGGAAGCAGAGGCAAGACAGAUUCUUGGUGUCACUGAGAAUUCAUCAUGGGAAGAAAUUGUGCAGAAGUAUGACAACUUGUUCGAGCGAAAUGCUCAAAAUGGGAGUUUUUACCUUCAGUCAAAGGUACAUAGAGCUAAAGAGUGUUUGGAAGCAGUUCACAAACCUAAAGAACCAGAAACAAAAUAAGAAAAUUUGUGCUGAUGUUUAGUGUAUAUUCUUGCUGCUAAUUAUUCACUAGUUAGUUCCUAGUAUCUUUCUCGAAAAUUUUAUAUUUUGGUGAGAGCAGUUGAGGUAUCUGUUCAAGAUCUUCAUGAACUUCAAUGUGGUGAGGGUGUUUGACACACAACACCGUUGUAGAAUACGUAUGUGAUAAUAAAAAGAAUUGUACUUCAUUGAGUAUCUAA